AUGUUUUAUUCACCAAAGAAAUUAGAAGUCGUCAUGGAGAAAUUCUAUGGAGGUAAUUCGUUUACUUCUCCAAGUCUGAACAAGAUUAUCAACGAAAGGCAUUUCGACAGGCUUUUGGGUCUAAUAAUAUACGAUAAUAUAGCUGUUGGGGGUCCAUAUGAUAGAACUAAGCGUAUUAUAACCCCCACUAUCUUAAGAGAUUGCAAACCCAACGAUCCAGUAAUGCAAGAUGAAAUAUUCGGGCCCAUACUACCGAUAUGUACGGUUAAAAAUGUAGAGGAAGCCAUCGACUUUAUAAAUUCAAGGGAUAAAGCUUUGGCGCUGUAUAUAUUUUCAAAAAAUAUAAAGGUGCAUGAUACUGUGCUAACUUAA